AUGGUCGUCGGAGGAUUGGGAGAAGUCGAUCAAAAGUACAACGGUAAAGGUAUCCGCGUCGGUAUUGUUCAUGCCCGUUGGAACAAAAAAAUCAUUGAUAACCUCGUUCUUGGUGCCAAGAACAAGCUUCUCGAGUUCGGUGUCGUGGAGAGAGACAUCAUCAUCGAGUCUGUCCCAGGCGCUUAUGAGCUUCCAUUGGCUACCGUGGGAAUGUUCAAAAAGCAUAAUGUCGACGUUGUCAUUCCAAUUGGAUGUCUGAUUAAGGGUUCCACCAUGCACUUCGAGUAUAUUUGCGAUUCGGUGUCGCAUGCUCUUAUGGACCUCCAAUUUAAAAUCGGAAAGCCUGUGAUCUUCGGCGUUUUGACAUGUCUAACGGAGGAACAGGCGGAGGCUCGUGCUGGCCUGAUCCCAGGCGUUAUGCACAACCACGGCGAAGAUUGGGGUGCUUGCGCUGUUGAGAUGGUCGUCAAAUUUGGUGGGUUGUCAAGCCUCAAGAUAUCAUAG